AUGGCAAUUCACGCCACCAGGAGAUGGACGGAAGGGCUUUUGUCGUCCUUUUCAAUGAUUCUCGUGAGUGAGAUUGGUGACAAGACGUUUUUUAUCGCCUGUUUGAUGGCCAUGCGCCACAGUAAGGUUCUGGUUUUUCUCGGUGCUAUUGGUGCACUGGCUGGCAUGACGGUGCUGUCGGCGCUAAUGGGGUUGGUGGUUCCCAGUGUGCUGUCGGUGCGGGUCACAAAGAUGCUAGCUGUUGUCUUGUUCUUUGGCUUUGGGGGGAAAAUCUUGUACGAUGAGUUUGCCAAGCGAGGGCAGGGCGAUGCCGAGAGUGAUGACGAGAUGACGGAGGCUGCUGCCAUCAUUCGGAAGAAGGAUCCGAACGAUGCCGUUGAAGCAGGCAGUAUUAGUUCCACAGGUGCAGGCUGUGCCCGGCGUCACUGGUUCGCGUUCCAUCCCGUGAUGGCAGAGGUCUUCGCGCUCACAUUCGUUGCGGAGUGGGGUGAUCGUAGCCAACUUGCCACCAUCGCCCUUGCGGCGGCGAAGAACCCUUUCGCCGUUACUAUUGGAGGCGUGUUGGGGCAUGCCGUGUGUACCGGCGUUGCUGUGCUUUGCGGAAACAUGACUGCGAGGUAUGUUUCCAUGAGAAGCGUGAAUAUUGUGGGCGGUGGGCUUUUUAUAGUUUUUGCCCUGGCAACUCUGUACGAGCUCGUUACCAACACCCAUCACAUUGACGAGAUGCGGCAACAGAAAAAAGAGUGA